AUGUGGAAACGCACGAUGCUCCUUUCCUCGUUCACAGAAGCGUCCCUCCUCCAGGGCGGACGUUGUCUCAGCUGCCAAUUCCGCGGCGCGACUCUCCGGACGAGACCAUCUCUCCGGUACUACGCCAGCACCACCAGCAACGCAAGCAAUGCGAAGUCGACGUCCAAUGCACCAAAACCCGUCGCAUCCAACAAAGUCCAAUUCAACCAGAACCCUUCUCCGUCGUCCUCCAAACAACCGUCCUCCGCCCCAGAACCCGGCGAUGAAGACUUCGUCCCCCCAAGUCUCGACCGACCCAUCGGCACCGGGAUUCCUCCCCAAGAAGGGCAAAACACAGGCGUCGACGAACGCACGCUCCGCCAGAGACGUGACGACUUCGUCAACUAUGACCGGCAUCUCGAGCGACGCAAGGAACUGACGAGACAAGUCGCCAAACCGUAUUUCCGCGAAUGGUCGAACAUGCGCUACCACGAGGGCAAGACUUUCAUAUCCAACCCGCGACUAUUCAAGCGCGACAAGGCGCUCUACUUCCCCAACAUGUACGGCAUCACGCUGGCGUCGCCGAAAGAACCGCAGAACACCACGUCCGUCCUGCGCGGCCGCAUCUCCGUCGUGAACCUGUUCUCCAGCGUCUGGGCCGAGUCGCAGGUAGCCACCUUCACGGGGCCGAAGCAGAACCCGGGCCUGUACGAAGCAUUCAAAAGCGCGGGGGCCGACCAGCUCGUCCAGAAGAUCGACAUCAACCUGGAGGAGAACGCCAUGAAGGCCUGGAUUGUGCGCAUGUUCAUGUGGCGCAUGCGGGCGAAGCUGCCCGAGGCCCAGCACGAGCGCUAUUUCCUCGUGCGCAAGGGCGUCACGGACGGGCUGAAGGAGGCCAUCGGCAUGAUGAACAGCAAAGUUGGCUACGUCUAUCUACUGGACGAGAAUUGUCGCAUUCGCUGGGCGGGCAGCGGUCCGGCCGAGGAGCACGAGCUGGAAGCCCUCAAUAAUGGCGUCCGCAAGCUGCUGCAGGAGCGGCGGAUCAGCAUUGAAUCUGAGCUGCCAGCGCAGGAAUGGACGAGUAGCCCGGACCAAGGGGGCGUCCAGAAACCGCGUGUUGUCAUGUCGUGA